GCGGUGUGUUUUGAGAGUGUACCCGGACAGAGCUGAUCCGAGCGCACAGCUGAUCCACACGCAGAGCAAUGCCAUGUUCUUAGGGGAGUAAUCAGGAUGAUAUACAAACAUAUUAGUAGAGGAAAUUGCUGUAAUUUGAACUCCUAAAAAAUCAAACCUCCUUCGGUUGUUACCCCACCCUGUUUUGCGAAUUGUUGUGUGGACAACAUCUUCAUUUACCUGAAAUUAUUCUGCUUACUUAAUCAUAAGGCAUCAGACAUCCAAAGUGACAGAACAGGAAUUGAUAUUAUGGACAAAAUGGAAAAUUUCACCCAGGAGUCCAGAGCUGAACGGAUCGCUCGCUACAAGAGCGAAAGAAGGCGGGAACUGGCUGAACGUUAUGGCAACCAGGAAGAGGAGCUUCCAUCUAAGUGGUCAAGAAGAGAGCGGGAGGGACCUGGUGUCCGGGAAUCUACCUUUACAGAUAAGUCAGUUUCAGGAGAAAGAAAUGGAGGAAUAGAGAGGCAUGGAAGAACACCGCUAGAAGAGAGGCCUGUUUCUACAAAAGUCUCCAAUGGGUGUAAAGUGAACACCAGUGUUGAGAACAACCAGCCAAACAGGGAUGAGGAAAACUCUCCAGACUCCCUUGACACUCCCCAGUUACACACUUAUGUAUCAGUAGGCCAGUUGAAGAGUGCCCUGCUACAGCAAACCUCAAACCCAGCUCCACCUGAUAGAGUUGCCACUGAUGGUGGCGUGGUGGCCUUGACUCUUGAUCUAGCAGUUCAACCAGGUGCAGAAGGAGGUCGUCGGCGUACCCGUAGAUACAUACCAGGAGAUCCUGCAGGCAGCCGCAAAACUAGUGAACGUUCCCAUACUCAACCCAUAACGUCCUACGAGAUAAUGGAGAGCUGCGGAAUAAUGGACGAUGAAAAUCGGGACUCUUCACAAAUGGAUAUAAAGACAGACGACAGAGCCAAGAUGAGUGUAGCUGCCAAGAUGUCUCUGUUUAAAGAGUUGGAGAAGACUGCUUUAUCUGAAGCCUCCUCCUUCCUCAAACCUCGCUCCAGUCAUAGUUCGCAUGGGCGCAGAGCUCGUCGUGGCAACGAUCCCCGGGCACUCACUCAGCCAAUCACCUUUGAGGAAACAGUGAUGGCAGUGAGUCCUCAGUCAGGUGAAUCCCAGUGUCUGGAGGCUGAGCCUGAGGUGGAAGAUGAUGCUAGCUCUAAGCUCUCUAUGAGUGAGAAAUUGGCUCUCUUCAACAAACUGUCCCAGCCCAUAUUGGGAGCUGUGGAGAGUCCAACGAGAGACGGCGGCCCUCUAGAGGCCUCUGAGAGACGUAGGCAGAAAGGAGCACGCUACCGCACACAGCCCAUCACUGUGGAUGAGGUCAAUUUGCUUCAGAAAGGGCCUGUUCAGCUUCCUCAUCUUCAUCUGUCACCUCAUCUCUCUGACCGACAACAGGCUCUGUCCAUCAAUCUGAAGCCCAGUGAAGUGCGUCUUUCUGGGCUGAGCUCCUCACAGGAGUGGGGUUCCUCCAGUGAACUCACUGCACCUAAUCUGAACCCUACAGAGUAUAAAAACUCUCAGAAUGCUCUGAGGCAUGGCACUGAGAUUAAAGGCAUCUUGAAAAAGAGUUCUUCAGAGGGAGUGGUGUGGAGGAGUGAAUCUAAGGACAGGGAUGACCUGAAUGGACAUAGCCUGGAGCAUAAUUGGGGAGAGAGGAGAGAGAGACUACGAGACAGGAGAGUAUGUGAGGUAAAAGAGGAAAGGCACACGUCAGCUUCACCAGUGGAUUCAUCUCUAGCUCCACUCUCCAGCGUUCCCUGGAGGCAGAGAGCAAGGAAGGACGCCUCUACUUCCUCUAUGAAAACACGAAGGGAGGGAUGCCCAUCAUUAUCAGAAGUCAUGCAUACUACAGUACACAGCAGCACUGAAGCCAUCACUCACAGACUGAUGGACUCUAGAGAAACUGAGGAAGAGGAGAAGAAGACAGAGGCAAAGUGCAAUAUCACGCUAAGCAUUAGGUCACAGGAUGAGUCUGACAGUGCUGUUGGAUCUACACCCCAAACUCAAUGCUGGGAGCCUGUGUUCUCCUCUGUGUAUUCUCAUCCAAGCUCCACACCUCAAUAUGUGAUAUUUUUCAAUGAGAGGAGUCUCUCUUAUGAAGCUCAGGAGGUUUCCUCACCAACUCAAACCCAAUCACAGGUGAAGGGCAAAGUCAAGGCAAGCUGUGAGGAGGAAGACUCUCCCAAACUAAUUUUUACAGCGACACAAACAAUCUGUUGCAGUGAUGUCCAAGAGAAUCUGCAGUUUGAUACUGAGAUGGUCAUGACCUCUGAACCCUCUUCACUGUCAGUGUGUCAGACCAGUGGAGGAGACACAGAGCCUGACCUGAGCAUGCUCUGUCAAACAAACACUCCAAUAUUGAGUUCAGCUGUAGCCGAGCACAGGCGAUCAGUACGGCCAUCCCGUAGGACUCAGGGUUCAAGGAAUCCAUUACGUGCUCUUGCUGCUCGAGAAGAUAUCCAACAGGAUUUCAUGCAGCCUGAAGACCACAGUGAAAUGGAGACUAACAGGGCUAUGAAAAAUUCGAACUGCACCUCCUCUGAAAAAGUGAGCAGACCCACAGUGCCAUACAACAAACUCAUGCUCAUACAUGUUAAAGGAUGGAGGCAGGUACAGGUGCGGUUAGUGGAGCCGGUGGCACGGUCUCUUAACAGUGGUGACUGUUUUCUGCUGGUCACACCCUCACACUGCUUCCUCUGGACUGGCAAAUUGUCCAACACCAUUGAGAGAGAAAAGGCAUCUGAAAUGGCCUCGUUUAUUGUGACCCAGAGGGAUCUUGGUUGUCAAGCGACAGGUGUCAUUCACCUGGAUGAAGGUGUAAAUACAGACAGUCUGCAGGCAGCAGAGUUCUGGAACCUUCUUGGGGGACAGACACAGUACAAAGGUCCAGAUAGUGCUGAUGAUGAUGAGCUCUAUGAGAAAGCCAUAUCAGAGUCUAACUGUAUUUAUAGGCUGCAGGGAGACAGGCUCCGGCCCCAUGAGCUGGGCUGGGCCUCCAUACCACACCUUUCUCUACUGGACUCCUCCCAGACUCUACUGUUUGACUUUGGCAGUGAGCUCUAUUUGUGGCAUGGGAAAGACGUUGGCCCCAGCGAGAGGAAACUGGCUCUGCAGCUGGCUCAGCAGGUUUGGGAUGGAGCAUAUGACUACAGCAACUGCAGGAUCAACCCUCUGGAUCCCUCUGCUGGCAAUGCGUAUAUUCACAAGCAGGGCAUUGGGCGGCCAGCCUGGGCCCUUUUUGGCCGUGUGUUUGAACAAAAUGAGACUGCACUGUUCAAAGAAAAGUUUGCUAACUCAUUUGAACAGACAAAAGUGAAUAAGAACCACACUGCACCCUUAAUUCAAGAGGAAGUGCAGGCCCCUUUGCUCAGGACCUCUUCAGAAUCAAUGCUUGUUGAACAGUGGUCAUGUGAUGCCAAAGCUCUCUUUGGUGGAGUCUGUCUCUCAGGAGUGUCACAAAUCGUUCUGGAUGGUGUGGACGUACGAAGAGGACGUGACCUGGUCACGUUGAGUGACGGUCGACAGGUGGAGUUACGUACUCUUGCCGUAAAAAUGUGGCUUAUUUCAGAGGGGGAAGAGUGUGAGGUCACCCCAGAAAGCAUUGGACAGUUUCAUGAGGGCAACACAUAUGCUAUACGCUGGACGUACAGCCUCACGGCCUUGGUUGAUCAGGUGGCAAAAGAGCAGAAAAGAUCUGCACUUUUCAUCUGGAAGGGCCGUCACUCAAAUAUCAGUGAGCGGGACUUGUCACCCACACUAACCAAUCAGUGUAGCUCUCAGGUGUUUGUAACAGAAGGAGAGGAGCCACCUUGUUUUCUGCAACUGUUCCAGGGAGGAAUGGUCAUUUACAGACAAUACAGCAGUAGAGAUACAGGAGGCUGGCGUCUGUUCUGUGUGAGAGGUGAUGUGCCAGUGGAGGGCAGUCUGUUGGAGGUUGAAUGCUCCUGCUCCAGUCUGAGGUCUCGUGGCUCUCUGCUCUUACUGAACAGCCAAAAGGGGGUGCUGUACCUGUGGCACGGCUGCAAAGCCCACAACAGAGCCCGCCAGGUGGCCAAGCAGACCGUCCAACGCCUCACACAAAUGUGCCCGCCUGAGCUGGGCCUGAGCACUGGCAGAUGUGUGAAUGUCCAGGAAGUGGAGGAGGGGAGAGAGUUAGCAGAGUUCUGGAAUGCUAUUGGGCCUCAGGACAGGAAGUUGUAUGACUGCAUGUUACAAGAUCCUGGUAAAUUUAACUUUACACCACGCCUUUUUCACCUGAGUGCCCAUUCAGGAACUUUCAAAGGGGUGGAGCUAAUUAGCCCAUCCCAUGUAAAUGGUGUUAUUUCAGCAAUGCCCAUCCUCCAGGACAAGAUAUAUGCAAUGCCACAUCCAGCGCUGUUUCUGUUGGAUAAUUAUCUGGAGGUGUAUUUAUGGCAAAGUAGUGAUGCUGCAGCCUCACAGCUCCCCCACUGGGACAAAGAGAAGAAGUGUGCCAUGGAGACUGCGUUGCAAUACUGCAGAGAGAGAAAUCCAAGACGGCCUCCCAUGGCAUACCUUAUUGAUGAGGGAGCAGAGCCUCUCACCUUCACUAAUAUAUUCCCUUCAUGGGAGAUGAGGGUAACACCAGAACUACAGGACUGCACUGUGCGUAAAAAGCUGACAUUGGUGCAAGAUGCCCUAGAAGCUCUUAAUAAGACCCAGUUUCCCCUUCAGGAUCUGCUGAAGAGACCUUUACCUGAAGGAGUGGAUCCUCUACACCUGGAGAACUACCUGUCUCAGCAUGAUUUCAAGGUUGCUUUGGGACUGACAUGGAAUGACUACAACUGUCUAUCAGAUUUACAAAAAAUUGACCUUAAGAAAAGCAAAGGACUUUACUAAAUCAGCAGCACUGCAACCUGGUCUCAACAGAAACAAUAUUUUAAAAAGGUGUGUUUGUAAGAUGACUUGUUUGUGUAAGGUAAUGGCAAUCAUAUGUACAGUGUAAUUGUGAGUGUGUUUUACAGUGAGUGUGAGUGUGUGUCCUUUUUGUCUGGUUAUUUUAAUGCCAAUAAUGUCCAACACUCAUUUUGGCCAAAAGCUCAAAGCUAGACACAACUGUUUACUCUGACUUUGAGAAAUAGCGCCAUGGUUUCUUUUAAAGUAACCCCCCAUCCUCCAUUGCAGCUGUUUCUGCCCUCCCUUUUUCUUUCUUUAUCUCGCUGUCUGCCUCCUCUCUCCUCUCUAAACAAAGCAGCACAUGUGAAUAAGAGGUGUGGCUGUUUUACUGAACUUUAAGUUGAAUUUAGUAUUGUUUAUUUUAAAAUAAAAACAUUAU